CCCUUACCGCCGUCGAUGCUGGCACGCAUAAAUAUUAUGACAAACUCCACGAUACCCUCCGGCGUGUUGCCCCGGGAGGAGGGAAUCGAGAUCGGUCCCGGUCGCGAAAGGGAAGACGAGACUCACAGCAGCCCGAACGACGCAGCAUGGACGACUCUGAUGAUUCACGCGACGUCGAUCAGUGGGAUCGAGGUCGGAACUACGCUCGAGACGAGUACCCAGACGAUCGACAAGGCUACGACAGAAGUAGUGCCAGUGUGGGUGGCCAGUUGUCCCACCAAGAGUAUCCCCAGUAUCCACCAAACGUAAAUCCGCAGCAUCACCGGGAUGGCGGGUAUAUGCACUCACCUUCAGGUGCCCCCUACCCACCUGAUGACCAGCACCCCCUUUACUCUACUCCCUAUCAAUAUCCAUCGGAACGCAGCGCCAUGGCUACAAGGGAUGAAUCUGGCCCGAUGCGCUAUAGGACAACCAGUGUCCCCCCAGGAUAUCACGACCGGCAUUCCUCUCCAUACGAAGAAUCACGUCCCCACCGUAAAUCGCGCCCUGACCGACCAUACGAUGACGAAUAUCACCGCAGACGGCGGACGCGGUCUGCCUCACGUCGUCAUAAGAGUGACGAUUUGUCACUUGGUGCAAGCCUGGCUGGUGCAUUAGCCGGCGGGUGGGUUGGUCACGAGCUCGGGAAAGGGGACUCUGUUGCCACUGCUGCUGGCGUGUUAAUCGGCGCGCUUGGAGCAGCAGAGGCAGACAAGAUGUACGACAAGCACAAAGAAAAAGAUAGGCGAGAAGAGAAGGACUGGGAAGAGAAAUGGGCCACGGAAGGGAGGAGGUAUUGAAUUUCGGGAAAUCGGUGUAUGAUUGUUACGACAGUCACGACUUAUGGAUAUUGGUGUAAGAAACGGCUCCUUCAUCUGAAUUAUAUGUAUAGUGCGCAGGGUAGGUCCCUCGAAUGUCGUUCAUUACAGGUACAAUUAGCGAGACUGAUUCAAUCCUACAACUUUA